CUUCAACACUACCUGACCUACCUAACUAUGUAAGGGUAUACAUUAGGUAUGUAAGGAGAUCCGCUAACUUCAGCUAAAUUAUACCAAUAAUGGACUCAACCCCCUCCGACAAGCUUCACCCCAAGCCGAAGCCGGGACGAGACCGAACCCUGUCGGCACACCUUACCCCUCCGAACUUGAUCAUUUCCCCAGUUCUUAUCCCUUGUUCUCAUAUUGUCUUAUCUUGCCUUGUCUUGUCUCAUUCGUAUCCAUAAUGACGAUCAUAUACCAUCCCGAGAGGGAAGACAAAUCGACAAUGGAAGCAGCAUCUACCUCUGCCCAAGUCCCCUUCGGCGCCGCCUUCCGCAAGACGCACUUCGCCUUCGGCCCGAAUUACACGCCACUUAACCACGGCUCGUACGGGACCGUCCCGGUGUCGGUGCGGUGCGCCCAUCAGGGUUUCUGCGCCGAAGCCGACGCCGCUCCGGACCCGUUCAUCGCGCUCGAGUUCCACGACCGGCUUGCGCCGCAGCGGGCUCUAGCUGCCGAGGCUCUUCAUUGUCCAAAUGUUGACGAGCUUGUGUUCGUGCCCAAUGCGACAACUGGGUCCGACACUGUGCUUAAGAACCUGGAUUGGAAGCACGGGGAUGUGAUACUCUGUUAUGAGCGUAUCUAUGACUCCCUUGGCCGCGGAAUAUCUUGGAUCGAGGAGACGCAUGGGGUCAAGGUGCAUGUUGUGCGUGUCGUGUGGCCGGUGUCGGAUGAUGAUCUCGUGAAGGCUAUGGUCGAUGCUGCAAGGAGCAUCAACACGGAGCCGGGGCAGAGAGUACGGCUUGCUGUCGUAGACACGGUUGUAAGCAUGCCUGGAUUCCGAGUGCCGUUUGAGCGGUUGGUACCGUCGCUUCAGGCUGAGGGGGCGCUGGUCUUAGUAGACGGGGCGCACGGGAUCGGACACGUCGAUAUCGACCUUGCGGCCCUAAACCCCGACUUCUUCGUCACGAAUCUACAUAAGUGGUUUUUUGUGCCGCGAGGAUGUGCGGCGUUUUAUGUUCCUAGUAGGAACCGUCACUUGAUUCGGACGACGCUGCCGACGAGUCACAAGUUCAGGCCUCGGAAAGAGUUGGGCUCGCAGUUAAAAGAUGAGGACGAAGGGCGUCUGUUUGCGGAGAUGUUUGAUUUUACCGGCACGGAUGACUUAACCGCUUGGCUCUGUGUUCAGGCCGCCAUCGACUUCCGCGACAAGAUCUGCGGUGGUGAUGCCGCUAUCAAGAAGUACUGCCACAACGUAGCGCAGCGCAGUGCUGAAGCCGCGGCCGAGAUUCUAGGCACCUCUAUCAUGGACAUUCCAGGAUCCUGUCUGCGAGACUGCUUUUUCGCCAACGUGCGGCUGCCACUCGAGCUGGGCACUGAUGGUCCCGGCAAGGUUGAUCCAGCGCAUGCGGGCAAGGUCUGCGACUGGUUCAAAGAGACCGGAAGCCGUGAGAGUGGCAUUUACUUCCAGACGGAAUUCUAUAGGGACGUCUGGUGGUGGCGUAUCAGUGGCAUGGUUUACGUCGACGUAGACGAUUAUAGAAGGGGCGCAGAGGUGCUGAAGGCGCUUUGCGCGAGAGUUAGAAAUGGUGAGCAUGUUAAGGGAUAGAGCUAAAUUCUAGAAUAUAGGUAGAGAAGCCAGCGAUAGAGAUUUGGAGAUUCUUAG